AUCCAGCCCAAGUUUCCUCAUUCCUUGCACCAUUCGAGAAACAUGGGCCGUUUCUCCAAGACUUGCACAGCGAUGAAGUUCUGUCAAUAGCUGGUCCCGAGGGGCUGUACUGAUGGAGUCCAUUCUUGUACCUCUGUUCUAAAUCAGUAAAUGUGAUGUUGUUAAACAAAUCUCAAGGACAAGGUUCGUGAAUCAGCUGACACAUGAAAAGACCCAUAAAGUUAGACUUUCAUGCAGUCGUUUAUAAAUGUGCGCUAUGACUACUGUACAGUGUGUUGUACGUGUGCGAGCCAACAGUCGAGUGUCUUUGCUUGAUUAAAAGUCAAUAGACGGUAAACGCCUGUUCGGAACAUCUGUUUCCAUUGAUUCUCAACGUGCAUUCGAUAUUCGUGCACUCCCGAAAUGUCUUCUCUGCAACUAAAGUUGGUCUCUCUUCUUGUUCAGGACCAUUUUGGAGAUGCUGUAGAGAAAGUUUGUUCACACAUUCUGAAACAUGGAUCGAAUAAUUUUCGGAGUAUAGUCUGUGCGACAAACGAAAAACCAGAACAGGUCAAAAAGGCAUUAUGUGUGUUAAUUCAGCAUAAUAUUGUGAAGUUUGGCUUGAGCAAGCGUGGAAUUGUUGAGUAUACUGCGGAUGUUGAGAAGGCUCUACUGAUAAUCCGAUACCCACGAUACAUCUACUGUGCUAAGACUCUGUAUGGCGACAUCGGAGAGCUGAUUGUGGAGGAGGUUUUGCAUCAUGGACAGAUACUUAUGAGCAAUGUCAUUGAAAAGGUCAAGGUCAGAUUGAAAGAGGCUUUGGAAGGAAAUCAACUAGAACCUACAGCGAUUAGAGAUAAGUUUAUUGACCUUGUCAAUACCCACUUCUUGCAGAGGUUGCCAUCUUUGGAAGCUGAAGAUGAUGAAGAUAGUAAAGUAGUGCCCCCUGUUCCAUGUCUAUCUAUCUCUGAUUCUGACUUGUAUAGGGUACCAGAGACUACAGGAGGAAAGAGAAAGAGGUCUCUGGAUGAUGAUAAAGGAAGUAGCAAGAAAGCAAGGAGAACAUCUGGACGAAGAGAACAAGAUACAGAGGUGCCUCUUGAUGAUGGAAUCUACUGGAAGGUGAACUUUGAACGUUUUCACCGUUAUUUCAGAGAUCAAGAUAUCAUCUUGGCUAUGACACAGAGAAUAGACAAGACUGCUGGAGAAGUGGUUGGUACAAUGCUCAGGAUGAGUGAACUCACAACAGACAUCAUGGCCAGGGAAACCAAACCUCUCUCAUUCCAUGAUAUCUUACGACAAAUGCCCAAGAAGCUAGACAACAGGCAGCUGGAACAAUACAUGAAACUAUUACUUGAUGACCAGACGAUGAUAGUAAGGAAGUAUGGGGAUGCUGGAGGCGGAAUGUAUGAGAUAGACUUGGAGCAGGCUUCAAGGAUCAUAUGUACGGCAAACAUUGAGUCAGUGGUUCAGGAGAGAUUCGGGUCCAAGAGCUUCCGUAUCUUCAAGACACUUCUCAAGAAAAAGUACCUGGAGCAAAAACAGAUUGAGAACUUUGCUUUGAUCCCUGCAAAGGAAGCCAAGGAGCUUGUUUAUCAGAUGUUUACAGAGAACUUUGUCACAGUCCAAGAGAUCCCUCGUACUCCAGACCACGCUCCCUCAAGGACCUUCUACCUCUUCACUGUUGACCUGUGUCAGGUUACCUUUAUGUUGGCAGAGAGGUGUUAUAAGUCACUGAUCAACCUCAUGACAAGGCGCCAUUUUGAAUCAGCCGAAAACAAGAGAUUGAUUGAGAAGGAGCAGAAGGUGGAGGCCAUAACAGCAUCCAUGCAAGGAUCAGGGGCAGAUCCUGCUCAACUUGAAGAGAUAGAGAAGACAUUGACACAAUUAGAGAAAGAACAACUACAGAAAUACAAAGGAAGGAUAGCUAAGUUAGAACAGAGUGAGCUACAGGCAGACCAAACAAUAUUUAUACUCAACUCUUUCUUACUUCAAGAAGCAGUGGGAAGAUUAUAACACCUGUUUUCUUUGUGAACUGUAUGAACUUUUGUACCUUGACGAACCCGCACAUACAUUCAUGAAGAAGAAGGAAAAUAUUUGAAGGACAUUAUUUAUAUCAACUCAGAGAAAACUGUAACAGCCCUUUCCUACAUGAAGUUCCUUUUGAAGUUUGAUGACAUCCUGUGCAUAAAAAUGUAUGUGAAAAGAGAAGAAGAAAAGAAAAAUAGUUAGAGGUCAUCUCAUUUGAACUCAAAGUACUUUUUUUAAUACUUCACAGAAGACAUGGUAGAAGGUGAAUAGAAGGUAUUUCUAUGUGUGGGAUCCUGGCUGAAACAUUUCAUUUAGAGCAGAUAUGAACUACCAGCCAUCUCAAGCCCUCUUUAUCACUAAAAUCUAGCUAGGUUGAAUUUUAGGUUCCUUUCCCAUAAUGAAACAUUGUGAGCACAUGUAGUCUUGUAAUAUAGGCCCACUGUAAUGACAGCGUGCUUGUUCACUUAUACAUUCAUUCAUACUGCGGUAAUUAUGUUACCAAGUAGCAAAAUGAGUACUUACAUGUACCUUUCAAAAACAUUUUAGCGUCUCUAGAUGAGUAAUAGUUAUCUCAUAGGGUAUAUUUUAACCCAUUGCCUACUGGAACCAGGUAAUCCCUGUACAAAACUUGUAGGAAUUACAUAAUUCAAUAGCCAACAGGUUAAGACUAGCUAUUUGUAACACACAAUCAGUGAGAGAUAAUCCACUCUGUUGGCCAAUUCGCUCUUUAAUAAAGGACAUGUAAGUAGUAGGAAGAUUAGAAUAGCCUUUUGAUAUCUCUGUAUAACAGGGAGGCAGCGAGAGGAAUGUACAUGAGCUUGGUACAUCAGAUACCAAGCUGAAGAAACUUGUUUAUAUUUCAAGAAGUGAUGGAAAGAUAAAGAUAGAAACAACAGGCCCUUUUACAUAAAGCUUAGCAAUCGAUCUUGGGGCUGAUUUUUACCAUUGAUUGAUAUACACAAUAAAAAUAGCCUAUUACCAUUUUGUAGUGGAGUAUCACAUAAUGUUGCAUGACUAACAAGACCUUGUAUGUGAGUAAAUUGACAGUUUUGUUUGUGAAAUAACUUUGAAAAUAAAUUUCAGCAAACUGAUGUAUGAGCAUGGCAGUA